AUGUUCAAAGCACUUUCAUCAGCACCCGAGUCAACCUCUGACUCGUUGAAUGAAAUGUCUCCCUAUUCCAACCCUAGCUAUCGUUUCACAAUGACUGUUGUGGAAGGAAAAGGAAUUACAGGUGAUCGUGAUGUGUUUUGUAAACUUUGUGUGAACUCUCCGAAUUGCAAAAUUCAGAAAACAAAAUCAAAGAAGGGAAUCAAUCCACAAUGGAAUCAAGUAUUUACAUUCGAACCCAUGUUUCGUAAUUCUCCCAUGAUCAUUACUUUGUGGAAUUACAACUUGUUGUCAAAAUCUGAAUUUCUAGGAUGUGUUCGAUUAGUUCCAAUGAGAAUUGUCAGAGAAGAGACCUUGUAUGAUUCAUGGUUUCAAUUAGAAUCUCUAGAUACGCCACGUUAUAGAAAUACACCAAUUAUGAAGGGAGCACAAAUUCGAUUACAAAUUACAUGGACACGAUUAAUUGAUCGAAUCGAAUUAGUUCAUUACGGUUUCGAUGAAAAAAUUGAAAAGUCGGUUCAACGAUAUGUGAAGGAUACGAGUGGUCGAGGAAUUCAUUUACGGUUCAAAAAUCUUGAUACGGAUGACAUUGAGAGUGCGGAGGGUGUCGUUCCAGAUGGACGAUCUGCCUACUUUUCAGGUUUCAAUUAUUUGGAAAGUAAUUUAAAUCCAACAAGAAAUGUCACCGAGUUUACAAUCAGUUUUUGGUUUAAAUGUGAAGAAGUAGAGAAGGAUUUCAUCAUGCUCAGUACAGUCACUACCAAUAAGAGUAUCAUUUUACAAGAGUACAACUCGAAUUUAAUUCAUCAAUUGAACACGGACUCUGCAACGAGUCAUUUGGAAAAGUUGUUUAUGGCAGACGAGUUCAAUCAAUCUCCAAUCAUUACACUCACGACAAGCACGACAAGUACCUCUAACAACUGGGUAAACUCUCCAACUCAAACACCUCGUACUUUGAGUGUUCAUGGAAUGAACGAUGAAAAGAAACUUCGAAGAUUAAGUUUAAAUUCAUUGGCAGUUUUGAAUACAAGCUUUAACAAGAAAUCAGCAUCAAAGCCAACGAAAAAGGAACAAAACAAAUUGGAUGAGGAAAUUAUUUCAAUGAGUGGAUUUUCAAUUGGUACAAAAGCUUCGGAAUUUUAUGAUUGUAGAGGUCAAUCUCUUGUCACAAAGAAGAAAAAGAAACAAAAAACCAUCUCUUCCAUUUCACCCUCACCUGUUCCAGAAAUCUCAUCAACCACUAGCAACUCAGAUCAUGCAAAAACAAUUGAUUAUGAAGUAAUAUUUGGUGAUAUCUUGUCAAAAAUCACUGAUUCAGAGGAAGGUUAUGGCUCUGAAUUAGGUUCUAACAGUACUCUACAACUCAAAAUUUAUGAUGAUGACGACGAUGAUUCAGUGGAAGAAGAGUUUCCAAAACACCAACUGUUCCUUGAAAAAGAGUGGAAUCAUUUGGCCUAUGUUUACAGUGGUGAUAGACUACGAGAGUACAUUAAUGGCGUCUUAACUGAGGAUAAGAAGUGUGAUUUUGCCAUCUUGGGUUGUGGAUUGAAUAAGCUUCAGGUAGGAGCAUCCAAUGAUGACUAUCGAUUCACAGGAUUCAAAGGCUGUCUUGACGAAAUCAUUGUUACCAAUUAUGCAAUGAGCAAACGUGAAAUAUCCAAGUUGUACAGGUACAAAGAUCAAUAG